AUGCUCCCGUCACGCGCUGUGUGCUCAAGAUGCACCUCGCAGCUGCGCACCCAGGCUUCCCAGCCCAUUGCCAAACUGGCAUUCUCGUCAGUCGCCAAUACGACACACAAUGGCCGACCGGGACGACCCUCGAAGCCUUCCACCCAGGAGCGGAGGACGACACGCCAUCGCGAUGGCAAGCUCAGGUCCAAGCCCGCUGGCCCGCCGCCCCGUUCCAAAUCAGACGUCUCGGCCUUUGACAUGUUCAACCAGAUUGUCAAUGCCAACAAUACUGGAUGGACAGGUAAAACGACCGCCAUACUUCCCGACGAUGGCCUCUCUGGAACGAAGCCAAUGUCCGAAAUCGAUAUUACAUUCAUGCUAAGCACUCUGGUGGCACGGAAAAACGAGCCCGUAAAGCAACGGCUUACGACGUUUGAGAAGUCGAUAUUCCCCCAUUUACGAGCCUAUGGUACCAACCUUCCGGUGCCCAUAUCACAACUUGUGAAAGAGUUCAUCAAUGGCGCUUGCAAAGACGAAAUCCAACAUGGACGGGCUGCCUCCUGUCUCGAGCUCGCUCAACUCGCAGCCCGCCUAGGCUUAACAAGUCCGCAAAUCCCUAGCAUCAUGGCGCUCAAGAUAUGCCAUAUAUUUGCCACAGGCAAAAACUCCAGCUCCUAUCGCAAGUUUCUGGCACAGAACUUGUUGGAACUUUGGAUGCAUGUUUCGCAAAUGCAGCGGCUACCCGAGCAGGGCCAGCCCCUGCGGCUGGCCCUGCCGGAUCAGGUUGAGUUCAGAGUUGCCUUGAGGAGUGCGCAGCAAUCGAGUGAUUCAGCCAACAAUGACAGCAAAGUUACUCCAGAGGCUUUUGUUAGUGCCCUGUUUCCUCAAUUUGAAGCUAGCCGAGCAAGAGAACUUGUGGACGGACUUUUAGCCACACUUUGUUUUGUCUCCGACUCGCGAUACGUGCCAGAGCAUGCACAAAGAGACUUUGCGCCGUUAUUGGAGCUCGCUAGCAUCUUUUUCAAUGAGUUCAGCCAAGGUGCGGAAUCAAUGCUACGACAAUUUCCUCAUCAGGGCUCCCAUCAUGCCGUUCCCUUUCCAUCAGAGAAGUCUCAUGAGCUUCAUUCAUACAUCACGAAUCAAUGGCCGAUACUCGUUCAACUCUUAUCGAAUGAAAACGCAGCAUGGCGUCAAGGAAGUGCUGCCAGUGACUCUAAAACCAGCCUUUCACAAAUGCACAAGCGACUGCGAAAGGCAUAUCAAGAGCGCAACAAGCCAGGCGUGCAGACCAUCUGGGCCGAAUUUUACCAAAAGCAAGCCGGAAGCGCAGGUUUGCGCUCUGCAAUACAAGCCAGGCCUGAAUUGAUGGACUUUUUUAUCUUCAUCGCCUGCGCACUCCGACUAGACUACGAGUACAAAACGGCCGUGGAGAUGAUGGCCAAGCUGCACAUUCCACUCACGCUCAAGACGUACACCAGCAUGAUGCACGGCUGGAGGCUCUGCAAAGAUACGAGAAAGAUUGACGCGCUGUGGAAUCAACUCGAAAGCGCAAAUGUGCGCCUCGACGUGCCCAUCUGGACGGAGCGCCUCGCGGCCUACAUCCUAAAAGGCAAGACUGGCGCGUGUGUGGCUGCACUUGCACAGCUGCAAAAGCAGUGGAACGACGCGGUGCAAAGCAAUACCAUCGAAGAAAGCGGUGCCGUGCAGCCUAGCAUUGAAAUGGUGAAUGCAUGCAUCAAGGGCAUCCUGGAGAUUGACCCGCCGGCGGCCAAGGUGCUGCUCAGCUGGGCGCACAACAACGGCAUCAAGGCGGACAUUAGCACCCACAACAUCAUCCUACGCCGGGCGUUUGCCGCGGGUCCGGACGACGUCGCCUGGAUCAUGGACAUGAUGGAGAAGAACGGCGUGGAGCCAAACCAGGCGACGUUUAUCAUCCUAAUCGAAGAGAUGCUGGCGUUGACAAGCCACGACUCGCCCGAGGCGCAGGUCGAGGCCGUCAACCAAGUCUUUGCCGACCUGGCGCGGUCCAACUUUGCCCUGACCUCGGAGCUCUACGCCAAGGCGCUGCACGCCGUGGCGUCCCUGGCCAACGCCUCGGACGCGGCCGUCGACGCGGUGCUGGCGCACCUGCAGCACCAAAACGUGCGCGUCAACCCGUACAUGGUGACGAUUCUCAUUGAGCGCUCACUGCAGCGCGCCCCGCGCUCCUUUGCGCCCAUCGAGGCGCUGCUGCAGCGGCACGGCAUGGCGGACACGUCGCGCGGCGACCAGACGCUGUGGGAGCGCGUCAUCCGCGCCGCCGCCCUCACGGGCGAGCCGUAUGUUGCGCUGGCGCGCUUCGACGAGCUGGCCGCCGCGGAGCGGCCCGUCACCUCGCUGCCCUGCCUCAACGAGCUGCUCCGCGCUCUGGUGGCCGAGGGCGACCGGGACAAUGCGCGCCGCGUCGUCGACUCGGUGCUGCACAACAAGAUGGUGGCGCAGGCGCAGAGGGGCUCCCACGAAGACAUGGACGACGCGCGCUUCUGGAAGCAUCACUUUUGGUACAUUGCCAAGGAGAAUAACCUCCUCGACGAGACCAACAUGCCUGGCGGCCUGCACAAGCUCAUUGAAAACUAUUAA